AGGGAAAGUGUUUGAUCCUGAUAUAGUAUCGUAGCCAAAAUGCUGUUUCCGAAAUCUACUGUACUCCUCUUAAUGGUGGAACUUGUUUGUGGUGAACCUAGUAUAGAAACAACAGCAAUCGAGCCUGUAGUGGUGAGUGAGGGGGAUGCAGCUUAUUUGGACUGUGUAGUCACUAACAUAGGCAAUUAUACAAUGAUCUGGAAAAGGGUUGGUAAUGGAAAAGCUACUUCUGAUGUUCUGACAGCAGGGAGAAUAAGAGUGACGACUGACCAAAGAAUUUCUGUUAUCCAUGAACCAGAUCAUUCAAGGUGGAUUUUGAAAAUUUCGUCAUCGACAGAGCAGGAUACUGGCCGAUAUAUAUGUGAAGUGAAUACAGUGUUACCUCUUAGGGUUUACAGAAUUCUUACUGUUGUAGAUACUCCAGUCAGCACACCGUUUUCAAUAAAGCACAACUACAAAGAUUGCUGUGUGCAAAAUGGUGUGCCUAGUUCUUGCCUUAGUCUAUGUAAUUUCCACGAUAUUAUUUUGGGAUACCAACCAGAACCAGGUGAAUGUGUGGAUUAUGUUAAAAAUAUCGUUUCCUGUUUAGCAGAUGGGCGAGAUCACAUGCCCUGUUGCAUAAGAGAAAACAUUCCCGAGAUUUGUCGGUCUGUGUGUAUUGGAGAUUAUCAGCUUUCUACAGUUUUGCAGCACUACACCUGUGUUAAUUACACCAUGCCAACUCUUGCUUGCAUUGCAGAAGGGAUAGAUAUAUUGCCAGGUUCACCACAAAACUUUGCAGUUAAUCCAUUAUCAAGUGAUAAGAUCGAAGUGACGUGGACAAGACCUUACCAGUUAAUUAACGUGAACCAUUAUGAGCUGAAUGUUACUAAACUUCAUUCAUUUGAUGAUUUGGGCUUUGUAAUAACUAAUGAGAGUAUCGAAAGCAGACAGAAAGAGGGGAAGUCUGUGGUAUACGACAAACAGGAAGACAUCUCUACUAGUAUUCAUAUGGUUAACGGGAACGAAACAACUAUUUUGUUGAGAAACUUGCAACCACAAACGAUGUAUGAAAUGUUUCUCACUGCAGUCAACAGAUACGGCAGAAGUCUUCCAACUUAUAAUAUUCGUACACUCACAUUAUCUGCAACUUCUGCAACCAAAAGUGCUGUAAAUUUACAACAUCCUCAACUGCCAGAUAUCCCACUUUGUUGUAAGCAUCAAGGGGUGGACGUGGAUCAUUGUCUUCAGUUUUUGUGUAAUCCCGUAUUCACUGAAAACACAAGCAUAACUCAAAUGAUGAUUUGUGCCCCUUUUGCUAAUGUGACCUUCAGAUGUAUGGCUGGCGGUGUUGACCAUACUUCCUGCUGCCAACAGCGAGGCAUGCCAGAAAUUUGUUUAGAGUUUUGCAGUGGACGCGUGAAGAGUAUUAACUUUCGCCAUUUUAUAUGCCUCGACUAUAUGCACGUGUACAGUAACUGUUUAUUGGACCACUAUGGGGUAUUACCAUCUGCACCCCUGAACCUGACACUCGGUAAUAUAAAUCACCAAUGGGCCAUCUUACGCUGGAGCCCACCAAGUUAUCUAAGUCAUACUGUGAAACAGUACAUUCUCCAUUGGCGAGAAGCAAUAACAAAUGGGUUCCCAGAGUACUAUUUUCAAGUGAACGUCAAGUCACCAUUCCUUUUUGAUGGCUUGAAACCCAGCACAAGGUACGAAGUUUAUUUGGUAGCAGAAAAUUCUUAUGGAGCAAGUGAGUCUUCUUCUCGCAUUUUGUUUACAACUUCUUCUGCACGCCAGCCAAUAGAGAUACAGAAAAACCAAGAAACGGGGUAUAACGAAACAGAUUGUUGUGUUCGUAGUAGGGUAAAACCAGCAUGUAUGCCAUUGUGUACUUACAAGGUAACUUUGUCAGAUCUCUAUAAUCUGGCAUUACCUUGUUUGGAUGAAGUUGGCACGGUUAUUCGAUGUGCUGCCGGCGGCCGAGAUCAUGUAUCAUGCUGUCAGCGGCGAGGUGUUAUCAGCAGUUGUUUAGGUUUAUGUGCUGGGAAGAUAGAAAUUGACUCAGAGAACAAACUCCAGAAGUGUCAAGCUGAUCUAGGAAAAAUAAUUCAGUGCAUGGAGGAAGGCACAGACGUCCAGCCUAUGAUACCUCAAGACGUCCACAUCACUCUUGUGACUUCAAAUACUGUCCACUUGAGAUGGUCACCACCAGGAGAAGGUCCAGAUGUAGUUGGUUAUCAGAUCCGAUAUCAGUUAACCCCUCAAAGUAUCCCUCUCAAACCACUAGAGUUCACAAAGUUUGUCAACACUACUAAGACAACAACAGUCAUUGCUGAUCUACAGUCAGGGGCAUAUUAUAGUUUCUAUGUCUUAUCAUAUAACAAUUAUGGAUUCUCUCUUCCUUCACUUGUUGCUGUGGUUAGGACAUCUCUCCUAGGGAACAAGACUGACCUUGUAAAAGCAAACCUAAGUCCUCCCCAUUCUGUCGUUGUUAGUAAGGGGGAGAUGAAUAAUAUGUUGAUAACAUGGUCGCCACCGGAAUACGUUCCUCUUGAGGCUUCUCUGUCUUACACUGUUUACUACCAGCCUGCUAACCAAACAGAAUCACUGAUCGAUAGUGACACCACCAUCUCAACAGUCUACAACACAGAAACUAUGGAUAACUUGAGUUUCAACACACAGUAUGCUGUUGCUAUCCAGGCACACACAGAAGAGAUGCAUAGUCAGUUAUCAGAAGUGGUGCUUUUUUGGACAAAUCCAGCCAUUGCAGCUUUUGUACAUCCUCCUGUUAUCAUUCCAGCUGGUGAAAUAAUGGAAGGCUCUAAUAUAAGUAUUCUCUGCGUUGGAAUUGGCAUGCCUCUACCGAGAGUUUCAAUAUAUGUUAAUGGGAAAAUGUGCAUUGAGGAGAAAAAUCGACACCUUUCAUGUACUAUUUCUUAUAUUCAUCAUAACGUCACUAGUGUUGGCUGCUACGCUGACAAUGGGUACGGUCACGGAGCUCAAAGCACUCGGCGAAUCUCAGUAAAUUUUCGACCCUAUAUUCGAGCACUGACACCAAACAUCCAGACAGCUCCAGGUUCUAUUGUAACAUUGAAAUGUGAAGUAUCUGCGUUUCCUGAGCCAAGAAUUCUCUGGUACAAAGGUUUUGAUCAAAAACAACCAGUUAAAAGAGGAGACAAUACGAAAAUGGAGCUUAUACCUAAAGAUGAG